AUGAUACGACUAUCAUCACCGCUAUGGGGUAUUCUUAAACGCCCUGGGCGGAAAUCACUCGAUGAAAUCGUCAAGCUUAGUCUCUUUGAGGCGGCAAGCGUACAGCAAGUUGCGACAAUCUGGAAUCUCCAACAUUCACAGUUUAUGCAGUACUGGGGCCGGGUUAUCACAAGUGCAGCUUAUAAUGCUUUGGAACCUCGACUACGACAAAACCCUUACUUUGUGAUUCCUGUUUUUCGUGAAAAAGGACUCUUUAACGUGGUCACGAACUUUAAGGAUGAUCUUGUGGGUGUUGCACCUCUAGGGGAAUGGCAAACAAAGCAAGACGACACUCAGAUCCAUAUGACGAUUCAGUUUUUCACCGAGUUGGCGCGAUCCAAGAAUAUCGUUUUGGUCCGUUGUGAGAUCAAGGACACGGUAUUUGUGCGCACCGAUUGUAUCUUCAUAACCCAGAUGCUUUUGAAGUACUACACUCUCCAGAAUUUGUAUGAGACCUGGGUUGAGACCUUUAACAAGCGUCCCAAACAAUUUGACUACCACUCCUACUUGUGCGCCAUGAAGGAUGAAGCGCACAAAGAUAAUAUCAAAAUUGAGGACAAAAAAUCGGUUUUGCCCUACGAUGCGUAUGGGCCAACAAUAGACAUCCCUCCCGAUUUUAUAGCUUCUAAAAUACUCGCUGAGAGCCAAAAAAAUGCAUGA